UAAACAGAAUAUGCCAUACUCUCAUUUGUAAUCUUCGUUGUAACCUGUAAUGAAGUAGAAUUGUAGCUCUUAACUAUUUUAUUGUCGUGGUGGAAAAUAAAAAAAUGAAGUGGGUUUUUUACGUUCUCGUUUUUAUUUAUAUGUUCUACAGAACAGUUUAUGGUUUAAAAGCUAUCCGAAAAGAAGUCCAGGGCCUAACAAUUGAGCCGAUAUUUUAUGGUCCAGAUAAAAAUUAUUUUGAAGCGGGUACUCGCAAAUCAAUAACAUGCAAAGGUGCAAAUAAAAACCAAAAGGUAGAAUGGGUAGAUCCAUCAGGCAAAGUAGUGCAACGGUUAGCAACCAACAGGGUUUUCACUCAGGAGCAUUUCGUAUCUACCUUCAGGUCUAGAGUACCAGCAAUGGUGCUAAUUCUUACCAAAGCGACAGUGGAAGAUACCGGAGUGUGGCAAUGUAGAUCAGGAGAUUUUAGGCAAAACGUCUCCUUAUGUAUUAUAGAGCCAUCAGAGUUUCUGGAGACUCCAACAGAGGUAUCUGUGGAUCGUGGCAGAUCCAUAACCCUGUCCUGUCAAGCGAAAGGGGAGCCCGAACCGCGCUUGGUAUGGUACAGACACGACACUAUCAUUAGCGAUGAUUAUAAUCCAUCGAAGUACCAAAUAAUGACCAAAUACAACAGUGAGGGUUUUGAAGGUUUGCUGACCAUCACGUCUUUGGAAGGUGAAGACAGUGGUGUAUACAAUUGCUUCGCAAUCCAAGAAAGCUCUUACGUAGAUGGAUGCAGCGCGAGCAUCAGUAUGAAUAUCACGUUACAUGUUAACUAUGCACCAACAUUUAGCGACGGCAAUGAUACAACGUUGGUACCUGUGCAAGAAAAAAAGAGUACAGACUUAGAAUGUGUCGCCGAAGGAUACCCAACUCCCACCUAUAGGUGGUUUAAGGAAGUCGGAGAUAUACUGUCAGAAUUUCCUUCAAGCGAUAUAAAACUAGAAGACGACGGUGAAAAAGCUAUUCUUAGUAUAACUGCUGAUGAAUCUACAUUUGGGCAAAGAUACAAAUGUCGCGCUAGUAACAAAUAUGGCAGUGCAGAGAAAUCGUUUGCUGUUAUUAAACUAGAAAAACCAACUAGGCCAACUGAAAUCGUUAGUAGGGAUCAUGAUCAUGACGCACUGAAUUUUAUUGCGCAGUGGGAUGAGGAAAUAUAUUUUCCAGUUGAAGAAUUCCAAAUACAAUAUAUUGAAUCAAAAUUACUGAGAAAAAAAUCGGGCCAACCAAGGGAAGUGGACUGGAAAAGAUCUGAAGAGGUUCUGGUAAAAAAUAAUGAAUUUGGUGAAAUGGAAAGCGGAGGAACCGUUAUGCUCAUUAAAUUAGACGACUUAAAAGAAGAAACGGAAUACUGGGUCCGUUUCAAAGCCGUUAAUGACGCUGGAGAAUCCGCCUGGUCGGAGCCUAUAUUAGCUUCAACUGUCGCUAAGCCUGAAGAAGAAAUCGAAAUACCAGAGGAAGGUGAAGAAACUAGUGAGCCCAAAGCUGAUGCCCAAGUAUCGAAUGGUACGUUCUAUGGUGUAUUCUUUGCUGGUGGUAUAAUAGUUGUUAUUUUAGGUGCAACUUUUUUAAUUAGAAUGGUUUAAUAAUUUCAUUGUUUCAUUGCUUCCAUUAUUUUGUUAAUUAUUAAAACAAUUGUGGUUAUUUUUAA